CGCCGUGUCGCCGCUCGCCGCGAUCAGUCCGGGCGAGAUAGCCAGCGAGUGCGGCGGUCCCCACACACAUCUCACUACCACGCCAUAUAUUACUCACACUCUCAACUCAAACUCAAUCUCCUCACAGCUCCUUUCUCCAGGACCGAAAUAUCUCGAACAUCCCUCACCGACCACCCCUCACUCGUGUGCGUUCGUGCGUGCUUUGUAAAUUUUUGAGCAAAACCGAAAAAAAUAAAUAAAAAACAGCAAACCGUGGUGAAACUGGCUGCGCAACAACUAAUAAACUGCUACAAUCAUUGAUAAAACUGCUUUGAUAAUCAGAUAAAUAUCGAAAUAUUCUUGGAUACUGUCUAGCACUGUGUCUGUCGUCGUCGUGUCUUGUCGUCUUGCAACAGAAACGCAAAAUUUCAUUUCUCACUUUCGAUCGUCUUCUCAGGCUGACUGAAAAAGUGUGUGUGUGCUGAAACCAAACAUAAAUUUAAAAAAAAAAACAUAACAAACAAACAAGGUAACAAAAUCAAAUUAAAUUAAUUAAUUUCUCUACGAUCGAGAAACAAGCUACAUUUUUAUACCAAAAAAAAAACACAUUUCACACAGCAAGAAGAAGAAGCUCGCGGAAAAAAACACACACACAACAUAAUUUAAAGAAAUAUAUUUAUAAAUUGUUCCUUUGAGUACAAAACAAAAAAAGAAAAACAAGAAAAGUAACAUAUAUAUAUUUUGUAUUUUUGCAAAUUGUUGUUUGCAAAAAUUAUUGACGAAAUUUUCGUUGCGAAUUUUAACGACGACGCAAGACGCGAGACCAGCGCAAGUCUUGUCUGUCCAAGAAUCAAAUUGACAAUCAUCCAAUCGUAGCGAAUAGAGAAUAUAAUAAUAAAUAUAUUACCUAGGUAAAUAAAUUAUUGUUUAGGAUAUAUUAAUAACUAGCAUAAAAUAACUAAGCGUAAGUGAAUAUCAAUCAAAUCAAUCAAUCAAUCCGAUGCGUGUGAUAGAUACAAUCAUAUUUUAACAAUUACAUAGAUUUAAUAGGCGGGCUAAGCAAGGAUAAGUAAGUAAUUAUUUAGGCGUAAUUAUAUCGAUACAGUUGGGAAAGUUGCGAGGCGGAAUUUCGUGCGUGAAGAUCAAAGAUUAAGGAUAGAGAUAAAGAAGACCGUCCCUUUUGGAUAUUAUAUAACUUAAGUAAUCCGUUAAGUAAACUAACUCGCACCCAAGUCAAUUGCAGUAAGUAAUAUCAAAAAAAAUCAUAAAGAAAAUAAAUUGACAAUCAAUCAAUCUGAGAAUUACAUUUUGGAAGAAAAUAAUAAUUCGACAAUCAAGCGAAACAAACGUGGUUGUGUUAAGGAAAUAACUAAUAAGUCAGUAUUACUAGAGUUAAGUGAAAAGCUGCAAGUACCUAAGAGAGACGUGCGCACCGCUGGCUAGAUCGGUAGCAAAGUUGGUUGCCUACACACUUGAUACAUAUCGUGAGCAGUUAGUAGUUGGUAGUUGUUGUUGGUAGCUAGGCAGGACGCGGAGCCGGUUUGAUUGUGAAGCAAUUAAGAUCGCAGCCAUAGCGAUUGCGAACGAGACGAGCGUGCCGGGCGUGUACUGGUACCAUCAUCACCAGCACACGCUGCCGCCGGUGUCGCCGCCCGCAGCCGCCCCCGCGCUGAAUUACUACGCAAAGUACGCGCACGAACCGCAAGACCUGGUCGCCACCACGUAUUACCUGAACGCACCCCCCGCCUCCGCUUCCUCCGCCGCCGCCGCCGCAGCGGUCGUCGCUGCCGCCCACCAGCAGCACCAGGCCGCGCUCGCCGCCGCCGCAGCAGCCGGCGCGCCGUACGUGGUGCCGCUGUGUCCGGCGCUGGUGCCGUGCCCCGUCACUGACCACCUGCAGCAGCAGCAGCAGCAGCAACAACCACAGCCGGUGCAGGGCCACCAGCAGCAGCAGGCAGCCGCGCUUUUUGCUGCCGCAGCCGCUUCCGCCGCCGCGCAUCACCAGCAGCCGCCGCACGCGCAGAGUUGUCUUUGCGGUCAAUGCGCGUCGCAUAUGUACGCCGCCGCUAAUCAGCUGAUCGUGAACCGCUGCUUCACGGAGAUCAAUUACUUUCACGACGCCGCCACGGCCGCCUGCGCUGCCGCCGCCGUCAACAGUCAGGCCGCUUCGCCGGAGAAACAUCAGCAAAUCAUCGCGUACGAUAUGAGAGGAAGCGACGAACUGCUGUCGCAGUCGAACGUGUCCGUGAUGGCGCCAUCCGCACCGCAUACGGACAACAACAAUCAGGAGAGCGCUAAAAAGGUGAAGUUGGAACAGAAUGUCGGCAAGCCGUCGCGCGUCAUCCACAUCCGCAACAUCCCCAAUGACGUCACCGAGGCGGAGAUCAUCCACCUGGGCAUUCCGUUCGGGCGCGUCACCAACGUGCUGGUGCUCAAGGGCAAGAAUCAGGCGUUCCUUGAGAUGGGCGAUGAGACGUCCGCCACCACGAUGGUGAAUUACUUCAGCAGCUGCAUGGCGCAGUUACGCGGGCGUGCCGUUUACGUGCAGUAUUCCAAUCACAAGGAACUCAAGACCGACCAGACGCAUUCUAACGCUAACGCGUCUGCGCAGGCGGCGCUACAAGCUGCUCAGGCGCUCACAGGGGGCGCGGCAGCGCCCGGAGGCGGUACACCUGUCGCAGCGGCAACGCCCACCGUUGCACCAGCGACUAAUGGUCAGGAUAUUCAGGGCGGUCCCAAUACGGUGCUGCGCGUUAUCGUCGAGCACAUGAUCUAUCCCAUCAGCCUCGACGUGCUGCACGUCAUCUUCCAGCGGUUUGGCAAGGUGCUCAAAAUUGUCACGUUUACGAAAAAUAAUUCAUUCCAAGCUUUAAUCCAAUACCCAGACACACAGUCGGCGCAGGCGGCCAAGCAGGCGCUCGACGGACAAAAUAUUUACAACAGCUGCUGCACGCUGCGCAUCGACUACUCGAAGAUGACGGCGCUCAAUGUCAAGUACAACAACGACAAGUCGCGUGACUACACGAAUCCCACUUUGCCGACGGGCGACACUGGUGAUCAGCUGGCGUUGACCGGAGGAUUGGCGGCUGGAUUGGGCGCUGAUAUUCUUCUCUUGGCGGCGCAGCCACGUCUUACGCGUGAUAGACUUACCGGCUGUUUUUAUUCAGAUUCUCUACUCGCCGGUGCACCGGGUGUCCUCAGCAGUCCGUUUAUGCACGGAUUAGCAUCACCACUCACCGCCCAAUAUGCUGGAGGCGUGGCAGGGGCGUUGCCCGGUUUGGGCGGAUUCGCACUCGGGCAGACAGCGCCCGGACUUCGAGGGCUAGGCACGCCUGGCAUGGCGCUGGCGACGGUGCUACUUGUAAGCAACCUCAACGAGGAGAUGGUCACGCCUGACGCUCUCUUUACCCUAUUUGGUGUCUAUGGCGACGUGCAACGCGUGAAGAUUUUGUUCAACAAGAAGGAUUCCGCUUUGGUACAGCUGGCUGAACCGCAUCAGGCACAUUUGGCAAUUACCCACAUGGAUAAAUUACGAGUAUUUGGUAAGAAUAUCCGCGUGAUGCUGAGCAAGCAUCAAUCAGUGCAAAUGCCCAAGGAGGGCCAACCGGACGCCGGUCUGACGAAAGAUUACAGCCAGAGUCCACUGCAUCGGUUCAAGAAGCCUGGCUCAAAGAACUAUCAGAAUAUUUACCCACCAUCGGCCACCCUCCAUCUCAGUAACAUCCCCGCCACCGUUAACGAGGAGGAUAUCAAGGAGGCCUUCACCAAGAACGGAUUCACUGUCAAAGCUUUCAAAUUUUUCCCUAAGGAUAGAAAAAUGGCGUUAAUUCAACUGCCCAGUAUGGACGAGGCGGUGGUGGCGCUGAUCAAGAUGCACAACUAUCAGCUCUCCGAAUCAAACCACCUGCGAGUGUCGUUUUCCAAGUCGAGCAUAUAAGCGAAACACACACGCACCCCCUCACAGUAUGCACUGCAAUCCUGCAAACAAAAUGAACAAAACAUUUCAGCGGCGCACGGUGCGUCGCGACCCAAUUCAUUCCAGCAGCUUUCGGUAGCUGAAUAUUUAUUGUAAAAUUGCCCAGCGACACAAAAAGGUAACACUGACCUGUACGACGGAAGCGGCCGACGCGCGACAAGCAACAUGAGACUGUCUCGACACAGGCAUUACUAUAAUAUGAUUACGAUGAAUUUAUAAUGUUAAGAGAAGCAAAAACAAAACAGUAUCAUAUCUAGUUCGAUUGUUAGGUUUAGUUGGGUUUCGAUUAUAUAUUUUUUUAAGACGCGCAAUCGGCCGACGUCGGCUUGUAUUGCGCAGCGAAUCGAAGCAGUAAUUGUAUUUAUUUAUGCGUAAUUUUUAAGAGAGUUGAUAAUUUAAUUGCGACGGCGAUCGCGCCAGUUUCAGUAUUGUAUUUUUUCGAAUCGAUCGAUGAGGAUGUUAAGAAUCUGAACGUUUUUGAAUUUGGAGUUUAUCAAGCUUUAAAUCGUUUCCUUUCGAGGCUCUAAACGUAGAUUGGGAGGAGAGUACAGUAACGUAAACGUUAAGAUAAAAAAAAAAACAAAGUAAUGGCUACAAGAUAAAAGAAGAAAAACAAAGUAUUCUAUAGAGAAAUAUAAAUAUAAUCGCGGACUAAUUAAAUUUGUAGAGCAUAUAAGUACCUAAGAUAAACAAAAUAUAUUUAGAGAGACGCAAUGAGAGCAAACUAAAAAAAAAACAGAGCAACCAUCGCCAAGAGAGGCGAUGGUUAGUAAAAAGCGUGUUGAAGCUGACGUGGAGCAACUAAUCGGUGAAAAUAGCCAGUUAUUAUUGUAACGAUAGAGAUUAUAGGGUUGACAGGGUUUAGGUAUACCCUUAUUCUCAAAUUAUUGAAUAUUAUUGAUAUCAGAAUUUAAAAACUAUAUAAAUUUAACGUGCAUUGUUUUACGAUGAUUGUGAAAUGUGGAAAUACUUGCGAGACGUGUUCGCACUCAAUUCACCUGGUUGUUAAUGCAUUUGCAAAUGAUCUGAAUAAUAUUAGAUUAAAAAAUGAUAUGGAUCUGAUAACGUCGAAUAUGGAUGAAGAGGUCAUGAUGGAGAAAACUAUGAAUGUCGUGCGCAUUUUUUUAUCGAGCACAUUCUCUUUUUUCUUGAUAAAAAAAAAUUGAAAAGUGAAUCAACUAAUCGUAUCUUUGAUAUAAUAUACUUUCUCUAUUUACUAUACUAAAUAUUUACAAUGUACUACUAAACAUAUACACACUUUGACAAUCAAUCAAUGAUAAACAAACAAAAUCCACGUUUAAGCGUAAUAUUCGAAACGAGCAAAGCAUUUAAUUAAUCAAAUUGUCAUUUGCGGAACUGUGGGUUGGUCAGAACCAAGUGGUGGUGAAUGUUGGAUGCCUGUAUUCUUUGAUAUUUCCAAUUUUUGCCUUCGAAGAACACAAACACGAUGUAAUAACUCACAAGAUGAUACGAACACACGAAAUGAAUUGGGGCUAAUGUGUUGUAAAUUGUAAAUUCACUUCUCUAUCAAAAUAAUCGACGUUCUGUGAGGACAAACGACGUCAUGCCAAAAGAAAAACGCUCACGUUUUGUUUUGUGCGAUGUCAUUUUUCGUCGCAAACGCGGAUUGAUCUAUUAUGUGCGCUUAGAUAAUGUAGCAUCUAUCUAUCUGGCAAAUUCUGUCUGAAUCUGAAUCGAAACACUAGUUACUAUUGUUUAAAACGGCCUACGCAAAAUGUGCGUGUAACGAAGCGAAGAAACGAGCCUAAUUUACUACGUUUGUGUGACAGAAUUUGCAUUUCAGUCUAACAAUCAUGUUCACUUAAUUUUUCCGCCUUUUUGACUGUUCAUCAAGCAGACCUAACUAACAAGAGAGAACAAACGUUUCAAACCCAAAAAACAACAUUUGCCAAAUUCGAAGUCAAUAUCUAAAUAAUAUACAUGUAGGAAUAUAAAGUAUCUUUAUAAAAAAGCGAAACAAACAAAGAAGUGGGAUGAUGCAGAGAAACGAGUUAGUAGACACCCAAAAUCUUAUUAUUAUACAUGAAACAAACAAGGAAGUGUUAGAGAUCUAUUUUUUUAAAUAGGUAUUAUUAUUAUUACGUUGAAAUAUGUAUUUUUAUUCGUUAGUUAAACUUAAAUUCUACGGACGCACAAGAAGCAAAUUCAUAUACUUUAUGCUCUUCUAUAAACAUAAUCGUAUGUUUUCGGAUGUGUUCAAAAUGGCGCCGCAGGCUAGGCUGCCAUUUUGAAUGGACUCAAGUGGCUUGCGGCGAUUUUUGAAUGCUUGCGCAAACGGUUACUAAUUUUAAUGUGUCGCUGCUAUCCGCAGUGUCUUUUUAUUUAAUUUUUUCAAAGUAACUUAAGUGCUAUUUUUGUGUAUCGCUCGUUAUAGUAUUACCUCUUAAGUAUUACUUUCUGAAUCUUUGUAUUUCUACGCUAUAAGUAUUCUAUGAGUAUUCUAAGUAUUUUGAUUUUUCUAUAGGUUACGAUGCUUGAAAGAUAUCCAGCGACCGUAGACAGUUCGAUGGAUUAUCUUUAAACUUAGUAUUGUUAGCUUCUCAGGUUAAUUUCGAUCAUGGAUUUUAGCUCCACGGUCGAAACCCUUGUAUUUUCAGGCUUUUUAUUUUUUCUCUCGUUUAUUUUAUUUUAGUAUUUUUACUUACUACGUAUUUUAUUUUGAUUUUAUGUUCGUUUAUAUUCAAUAAUGACUUUCAUUAAUAUCUUUUUGUUUUUUGUUGAUUUUUAUUCUUGCUGUGCACUGUUUUUCCUUUAAUUUAUUUUCCUGUGUUUUAACAUUAAACUCUUCACGAUUUCAAUGUCGCCUUCUUUCGAAAAGAUGGCGGAUACUUUGCGCAUAUGCAUAAUUUAAUUGUGCCACCACAAAUAAUUGGUAUGUUAGAGAUUGCUGGGAUCAAACUAAAUUUAUUUAUAAGUGACAUAUCGAUUGCACAUUGUGAAGCAAGCCGAACAAUCAAUUUAAUUGGUAAACCAAGGGACUAAUGCAAAUAUAUUUACUAAUUUUAAAAUUAUUACCUAAAUUAAAUUUAAAACAAAUCAAAACGCAAUGUACUAAAGUUAAAACGACACGAUAAACGAUGCAUAAGGAAGAGGAAAAUUACUAAACACAAACGGUACAGGGUACUCUUAAAUUAAAUUUUGCUAAAUGAUGAAAAUUGUUGACGUUAUUGAUGGCUAGGUGUGAUUUUGUAAAUGUUAGAUGAACUAUGUGACAGAUUAUUUGUGUGUGGUACUUGGCUUUGAGCUUGAAUUCACUUCGAUUUCAUUCGUCAUUUUGUGUCGGCGGCCAUUCUCACGCGAGGUGUGUGAUUUAUCCAAAAAAUGGAAACAAAAUAUAUCUUUCUGUGUUCUGUGUGUGCACACUUUAACGAGCAAGCAGAGCGCGUUGGAGACCGUUGUUGAACGUGUGAGGAUCCAAUGCGCGGAUUUAAAUAUUUACGAGAAAAAUAUGUCACAAUACAGAGUAAAACGAUGAUAAAUAAACAAAUAAAUACACUGGCCGCAUGUGCCAAACAGUGGGAUCAAGUUGAAACAAAUCAUUGAAUAAAUUUAAUUGAAAACGCUGAGGCUAGAAAUACAAAGUAUAAACAAAACAAACAAAAACAAAAUAUAUCUAUCUAUCUAAUUAUAACUUAAUAUAUCAUUGAAAAAAUAUUAUGACGAAAAGGCGAAGCAGACGUCGGAGAAGAGAUGCGUAUUUAAUCUAAUAAUGCAUAGCUAUUGUAUCAUUAUCGAUUUCGACAUGUGGGCUCCCAACAUGGCGGAUCGAGGUGAGGAUUAUUCUAUGAUUAUGCUAUCACACUAUAUUUACAUUAAUUACGAUUUAGAGUAUGUAUACUUACAUAGUAACAGUAUCCUCUGUGACAACUAUUUGAACGUAGCGAAACGUAUUAGUGUAAUUCUAGCUUAACUUAAAACAUAACAAAUGAAUAACUAUGGGCACAAUACAAAGAUGAGCAAAGAGCGUAAAAUAAAUAGUUCUUCGAGACAUCGUGUGCGCUCGCGCGGAGGGCGGAAAGGAAGCGACAUCAGUCGACAGAGCAAAAAAAAAACAAUAUGUGACAAUCAUUAACUUACAUUUAACGUUUAGCAAGAGCGUGUUGGUCUUCGCCAAUUGAAUAUACAAUAUUCGCAGUACUGUACACACACGAACUUCUUCUGUCUGUCUGUCUGUACUUCCUAGUCUCUGUUGUCUCUUCACUUCCUUUCUCACUCUCUGACGUGCUGUUCUUUUUGAUUUUUCUCAUCCUUCUUGAAAGAACUUCGUGGCUUCUUGUGGGGGUAUUCUACGUUUGGUUCGUUUCUUCGUUGGUUCGUAAGUUCCUUUAUUGUGUUUUUUUCGUUUGAUUUUCAGCGAUUCAAGGGCAGAGUUGGUGAGAGAUUUUUUUGUUGUUUUGUGUGCGUGCCAAAAGAAAUAUUUAAAGAAACAUGGAGGUCCGGUGUGGUUGAGAUCCUAGUUGUAGCAAAACGACUUCGGUUUUGUCUUUUGAUGGUUGAUUCUUCAUGCAUUAACCACACACACAUACACAAACACAUCCUUUGUAUUUGACUGUAUAAUGAAUGAAAAGAAUUUGAUUAUAAACCUAUACCAAAUCA